UUAGUACAGUAGCAAUACUUUAAAAACUAUACGUUCUCGAAUUAAAAACUACAUUUCCCAUGGUACAUCUCGUGCGCGAUGACGCCUGCGACAGUCCGAGUUGACUUUUGAUCCAAGUCAACGUACAGUGAUUUGGAUAAACACUGUUUAAGACACUGAUGGAAACCCUUUAAAUUGUACUGUAAGACCUUCCGAGCCGUCGGGAUCAUGCAGUGAAUCGCUCCUGGCACUGACUGGUGGUUCAGGACACCGUGUCCUCUCUUCUGCUGGGUUUCUCUUGUGCCUGAUGCCAUGAUGGCGGCAGAUGUCCACAAUAAGGGUGCAGUCUGGGAGGUUAAAAAUGGCAACUUGGUGCCAUCAGAUCGACUCCGGCAGGACCGAUCGUAUAGUCCGACCCCAGGGCUGGUGGAGGGGACAGAGCCAGGUGCUGGACAGGAGGGCGCCAUGUUCGUUCAUGCCCAGUCUUUUGAGGACUUGACUGCUGACAGCGAGCCCAACACCGAUGAUAAAUCUGCAGAGGUUGGCAGCUCAAAUCUAGAGAAUGCUCAAGAAGAGGCUCUGGAAGGAGGUGAGGAGGAGGUGCAGGAGCAAGGUUUAGUGAUUGAACAGGAGGAAGGAGGGAAAGAGGAGGUUCGGAACAGCAACAAGCCAAAAGAGGAGGAUGUGACAAGUGAAACUUGGCGGAGUCACAGGAAGCAUAUGUUUGUCUUGAGUGAGGCAGGGAAACCCAUCUAUACACGCUACGGAACAGAGGAAGCGCUCUCCAGCAUCAUGGGAGUCAUGAUGUUACUCAUGUCAUUUGUAGAGGAUAAGAAGAACAUCAUACGCUCCAUCCAUGCAGAUGGCUACAGGGUGGUAUUCCUGCGGAAAAGCCCUAUCAUCCUUGUGGGAGUCUCUCGCACUAACUGCUCCGACCGGGAAUUGACACGAGAGCUUCAUUACGUGUACUACCAGAUUGUUAGCUUGCUCACCCUCACGCAGCUGAACCACGUCUUCCAGCAUCGGCAGAGCUACGACCUGCGCCGCCUACUGGCUGGAUCAGAACAUCUCACCGACAACCUUCUGCGGCUCCUCGAUCAAGAUCCAGGCCUGCUGCUGAGUGCCGUGAUGUGCCUGCCUCUGGCCAGUUCGGCCCGUGACAUGGUCUCCUCCAGCUUGCAGGCUGCUAGAGCCAAGAACCUGGUAUUCUCCAUCCUGCUAGCAGGAAACAGGCUGGUGACGCUUGUGCGCAAGAAGGACCAGUUUCUGCACCACAUGGACCUGCACUUGCUCUUCAACUUGGUCGGCUCUUCGUCCUCCUUCAGAGAAGGUGAAGGGUGGACACCCAUAUGUCUGCCCAAGUUUAACCCAGCUGGAUUUUUCCACGCACAUAUUUCUUACCUGGAACCGGCCUCGGAUCUGUGUCUCAUCCUGGUGUCCACAGAUCGUGAGGAUUUCUUUAACCUCUCCGACUGUAAGAAGCGGUUCCUAGAGCGCUUGCGCAAACGCAGUGCAUAUCAGUCCCUGCAGGAAGCACUGAACACACCAAGUUAUCCUGUUUCACAGGUUGGCAUACCUGAGCUGCGACACUUUGUGUACAAGUCUAAAAGCUCUGGGCUCUAUACAAGCCCUGACCUUCCAACUCCAUACCAGGGAGAAGAGGAGCACGAGAGGCUGAUGGGAUUGUACCAGUACAUGCACAGCUGCCUACAUCACCCCACACGCCCCCUGCGCUACAUCUACCGCUGCACUGAGACUGAGAACCUUUAUGCCUUGGUAACAAGUGGGUUUGAGCUCUACCUCUGCUUCAGUCCUCUGGGAACAAAGGGUCUGGCUAUGUCUGCUGUCAACAAACUCUUGAGGUGGAUCAGGAAAGAGGAGGACCGUCUGUUCAUACUCAGUCCCUUGACAUACUGAGUCAGUUCAGGCAGUUCUGAACACCAGAAACACUAGUGAACGUCUGACCCCAGACUGCUGAAAGAGCAGCAUCUGUGACUCUACUUGAAUGAAUGAAGAUGCAAACAGAUGCUGUCAGAUAUUAAGGGCUUGAUUGAUAUUUUUAGGGCUGUUCACGCUGGUGAAGUAUAAUAGAUGUAAGCAGGAAGGAUUGAAACCGAGUAAAGGGUGUUUAACUAUUCCUGUCAGCAGCUGUCAAAGUAUGAAAUACGAUAUUUACAGAUAAUUGCUUUUAAACGUGGCCCGGUAACCAGCAGCAAAACAUUAAAAGCAGUAGAUUAGCAAUAACAAUUGAAUAAAUGCUCACAAUGUUUGUAUGCUGCUGGAAAGUAAACAUCUAGGCCUGUGCUUUUUACUAGACCUGUCACUGUUUCAGCUUAACAUCUAUAGUUUUAAAUGAGCCCAGGUAACAAAUACUACUGAUUGCAUUUAUUGAGCUGUGACCUUCAUAUUUCAUAAUUUUCAAGAGAAGAUAAACUGAAUCUUUUUUGAUCAUAGCUAGAUUUUUAUGUUUCCAGCCUGGUGUCAUUCAUAAAAGUGUGGUGUGUUGGGACUAAAAGUAUUUCCUAGCUAACCAAACUAACUUUAUAUAACAGGCAUUUCAUUUAAGAGAUGUGACUGAGUAGGUACACAAGGUAAAAAAAAAAAAAAAAACCUGCGCCAUGGAUCGAUUUGAAGUGAACUGGUCUGUAUAUAGUUAAAGUUCUCCAUCUCUGUGUCAUUUUGUCAAAUUUUAAUGACUGACCAUGUGUUGCUACUGAGGGCUUCCCCAAAUCACUAAAGGACCAGUAGAAUCAGAGAUACCUCUGAGGUAAUAUAACAUUUGACAUUAUGCUUUUCUUUUAUGUUUCGUUGAUGCACUUGAUUGUUAAUUUGUUACUAAUGCUUUCAUUUAAAUGAAUAGGAGAAGUGACACUGUGUUCUGAGACCCUCUGAUGUACUCACUGCUCAAGUCAUUUAUGGUCUUGUUAUUCCUUGGGGUAAAUGAUGUAGAUGUUAAUAGAUGUCAGAGGAAACUAGGUGGAAAUUUGCACAUCUGGUGUUUCCAAAAUUUUGGUGGAGGUGGUGGUGGCACUCAUUAUUCUGUUUACUUUCUGUCUAAAGCUAUUUUGACAUUGUGCAUCAUGUUGAAAACUAUCAAAAGAAAUUAAAUCCAUUUAUGGGAGAAAUUCAUCGUUUGCCACAUUUAA